AACUUCCAAAUUUGUUAAAUUGUACACAAACAUUGAAUAGAACAUUACAAAUUGUGCUAUGAAAAUAUUCUGAUAUAUAAGGUACAUAGUCGAUUCAUACUGCAAACGCGAACGAUUGAACCUAAAAAAUUGUGUGAUAGAUACCCCAAACAAUUAAAUUAUCUAAAUUCUGUUUUUUCACAUAAUCUAAUGAUUGGAAAAUAAAUUACUUUGAGAAAUAACUAGUCAUUCUGACUGAAUCAGUGUUUAAAUUAAUGAAUACACGUGUGAAUGAUAUAGCAAAAUAAGGUUAAAACCUUUUGAUAGAAAUAAAUGUAACAAUAAGUUAUGGAAGCUUGUAAAGAAUUAAAAGAAAAAUACGAUCGGUGUUUUAAUGAUUGGUUUGCUGACAAAUUUUUGCGUGGAGUCCAUGACGAUAGUGAAUGUGCAUCGUUACUUAAACUUUAUACUGAAUGUGUCGCGCAAGCCAUGAAAGAACAAGACAUAAAUCUGGAUGAAAUAAAUAUUGCCCAUUUGGGAACAGAACGAGAGAAAAAAAAUGAAACUUCAUAACUAUGAUUUUAGCAAAAUUUUCAGUUUUUAAAUUUUUGUUACAAACUGUGUUU